AUGUGUUACCAGCUAUGUAUCGCUAAGGAGUUUUUCUAUGUUUCGUACCGUCUGCGUUGGCAAAAGCAACACUUCAGUCAUUUUAGGGAGACCAAAAUGGCAAAGGACGUCUGCAGCCACGUGAAGGUGGUUGUCCGAGUGAGGCCAACCAAUGAGAGUGAGAAGCGUGAAAACUGCCGAAAUGUGGUCCAAGUCGUUGAUAACCACAUGCUCAUAUUUGACCCCAAGGAAGAGGACAUGUCCUGUUUUGGGUCACAAAGAGUGAGGCAUAGAAACAUCAACAAGAAGGCUAACAAAGACAUGAAAUUUGUCUUUGACAAUGUCUUUGACGAAAACUCAACUCAAGUGGACAUUUUUGAGAACACUACUAAAGUAGUGUUGGAUGGUUUGAUGAAUGGAUUCAACUGCACAGUGUUUGCUUAUGGUGCUACUGGAGCGGGGAAAACGCACACCAUGCUGGGCUCUCAAAAUGACCCAGGGGUUAUGUAUCGUACAAUGAAAGAGCUGUUCAAACGCAUGGAUGAUGCCAAGGAGGAGAAAGAGUUCACGGUGGCGUUCUCAUACCUUGAGGUCUACAAUGAGCAGAUCAGAGACUUGCUGGCUAAUGUUGGGCCUCUUGCUGUCAGAGAGGACAGCUCCAAAGGAGUGGUUGUUCAGGGGCUCACACUGCAUCAGCCCAAAUCUGCAGGGCACAUUCUCGAGGCUUUGGAUUCCGGCAAUCGAAACAGGACUCAGCAUCCCACUGACAUGAAUGCCACCUCUUCAAGAUCCCAUGCUGUGUUUCAGAUUUAUUUGAGACAACAAGACAAAACUGCAAGCCUCAAUCCUAAUGUCUGCAUUGCUAAAAUGAGCCUGAUAGACCUUGCCGGCUCAGAAAGAGCCAGUGCCACCAACGCUAAAGGGGCUCGCCUACGAGAAGGUGCCAACAUCAAUCGCUCCCUCCUGGCCUUGGGAAAUGUUAUCAAUGCUCUUGCUGACCCAAAGAGUAAGAAGGCCCAUAUACCAUACAGAGACAGCAAGCUAACAAGACUACUGAAAGACUCCUUGGGGGGCAACUGCAGGACGGUUAUGAUCGCCAACGUUAGCCCCUCAUCCAAGUCGUAUGAUGACACCCAAAACACACUUAAAUAUGCCAACAGGGCCAAGGAGAUUAAGUCCACGCUGAAGAGUAACGUUGUGAGCCUGGACAGUCACAUCGGUCAGUACGCUGUGAUAUGCGAGAAGCAACGGCAAGAGAUUCUACAGCUGAAGCAGAAACUUAAAGAACAUGAGGCGAAGAGCGCAGUGCCUGGAGCUUUCAGCUCAAUCUCUUCCCAGAAUCAAGCAGAGUUCAAAAGGGUGUCAGAAGCUCUGCAGCACAUCUUCUCAAGCCGUGGCCAAAUUAGGCGAGAACAGCUGGAUCUGGAGAGACAACUGAAGGAGAAUGAGCUGCGCCAGCGCUACAGCGAGGAGGACAACCUGCAGGUCCAAUAUUUCUGUGCCAAAGAGAAGACAGAAAAGGCCACUUGUAAGCACGAGCGGAAGAUUGCCAGUUUGCGCACCCAGCAGCAACACAUUUGCAAACGUUUGAGGGAGGCACAGGCGCGUUUAUUGGAAAAUGAUGGUUUGCUACAUCGGCUGGAAAAUGAGAUUAAGUUGUUGAAGUCCAACGAUCAGACAUCGGAGGUCUUAGAGAAGGACCUGCGUUGCCACAGACUGGAGCUGCAGGUAAAUGAUCUCAAACAACACAUCAAGCAGAUGGUCAAUCUCACCACGCUGCAGGAUCAGGAGAACAAGCGCAUGCAGAAAAUGGUGAACAUAUUACUGCCCGCCUAUGGCCGACACCACGCUGCCAUGCGAGGGGCUGGGUUGGCCACAGUUGCAGAUGAGACAGAAAACCAUGAAUUGGAGCACCUCGUGUUGCGGGAGAGAGGCGUGGUUUGGGCAGACCAGGAAGGGGCGGGGCAGGAGCUGAAAGGUGAAGGGGCUGGUGUUGACGCGCAGGAGACAAAUGAGGUGGGAAGCGUUGGGCUCCGCAGCGAGCUGGCACCCAUCCUGUCUUUCUCAUAUCUGCAAUACCACCAGAAUAGCCCCUGCAGUGCAGAGAGACACACCAAAAGAGCAUCAUUGUGCAAUGCUGCUCCAUCACCUAAAGACAUGGGAAAUCAGCCUGACGUGACACAAGAUAGACCUCGAAUGCCCAUCAGGAGGAAUUUAUCUAAGUUACUUCCACCGCAGAGCCCACGAACCAUUACCAAGGCCCAUGUGUUCGAGGAGGACAUCUCUCCACUCCAGGGUACACCAGAACCUGCACAGAGAACAGUUAAGGUUCGGCCACUAAGCUCCAGCAACAUGGAUCCGAAUGAGACCUUUGAAGUCCUAGACACAGACGAUCAAACUGUCGACAACGCAACCAUCAUAAUAAGCUGCGGUAGUCCGUGUCAGCCGUCAAAGUCCACAGACUUGUCAGGACCCAGUCACCAUCGGCAUCUCCCCAAAAGCACUGAGGGACACCAGAUUGCUUCCAAAAGACAGCACAUUUCGCUUCUCCAUGAUGUGAGACGAGCAAAACCAACUUACAUGGACAUGACGUCUGCUGCACAAGGAAAGCGAAAAUUCAACCGAAGCAUGAAAGAAGACUUAACGCAGGGCUUCUCCGCACCGAAGCGUAUUAAAAAAGACCCCUCGGUGGCCCAGAGGCCACUCCGAGUGCAUCGUUUUGCUGGUUCAGAGAACAUGCCUGGCAGAGUUGUGCGGAGCGUUUCAGAGGGGAAUCUCAACCUCCUCCAACCUCAGAAAUCCAAGUCCAUUUUCUAUAAAACCUCCCAGCAGAUCAAACGGGUGGCCAAGCGGAUGUGAGGCCGCACUGUCCUCACCUCUGCCCGUUUUCACCUCAUUAACACAUCUGCCCAUGUUUGUCUCAAAAGUUAGAAAAUAGUCUGUUGUGUAGAUUUCUCCAGCCGAAAGGUCACUGAGAGGACCACAGGAACUGUCCUUUUUUUCAGGCAGCAAAGGUUUAAAAGAUUUUAUAAAAUCAUUACAUAGAAAUUAGUCGUCUGUUUAGGUAAAUCCUGUCAUUUACAGAUCUAUGUACAUUCUUUUCAUUGCUUUAGUUUUUAAUGUUUUUCAUCAGGAAAACAAGUUUUCACAGGUCUAAAAAACGGUGAUUGUAUUUUAAAUGUCCUGGGGCAGCUAAUAAAAUAAAAACUGCUCUACUCUGAGCUGUUUUAUCACUUUAGUUUUAGUUGUUAUUUGUAUUUUGUACAGUACAUGAUAGGACUAAUCUCCCAUAAUAAAAGUGCUUUUUACUGAAUCUGUG